AUGGUCAUCAUCGAUAGUGUUCGUUUUUAUCGUCCGUUCUGGUAUUGCAUUCGGGUGCUAGUACCGACAUUCUUCAACGACUCCCGUCGUCCUGUCCAGCUUUAUGUGGCGGUGCUGCAUGUACUGGUCACCUUGUGGUUCCCACUGCAUCUCCUGUUGCAUCUUCUUGGCCAUUUGUCACCGGCGGACCUCAUGAAGAACCUGUCCAUGUCCUUGACCUGUGUGGCCUGCAGCCUGAAGCAUGUGGCCCAUUUGUAUCAUUUGCCGGAGAUCGUGGAGAUCGAAUCCUUGAUCGGACAGUUGGAUACGUUUGUUUCGAGCGAACAGGAACAUCGCUAUUACAAGGCUCAUGUGCACUGUCAUGCCAAACGCUUUACGCAAUGCCUCUACAUAAGUUUUGGCCUGAUUUACGUGGUUUUCCUAUUUGGUUUUUUCGUCCAGGUUAUUAGCGGCAAUUGGCAGCUUAUAUAUCCCGCCUAUUUUCCCUUCGAUAUGGAGAAGAGUCCAUCUCUGGCUGCUGUGGCCCUGGGCUACCAGGCGUUCUGCAUCCUUGUUGAAGGAUUGCAGGGCCUGGGGAAUGACACUUACACUCCGCUGACCUUGUGUCUUCUUGCAGGACACCUGCAUUUGUGGGCCAUUCGCAUGGGUCAGCUGGGAUUCCUGGAGGACGAAACUGCAAGCGACCAUCAGCGGUUACACGAAUACAUUGAACAGCACAAACUGUUGAUGAGAUUCCACCACCUGCUGUCGCGGACCAUCAGCGAAGUCCAGCUGGUGCAGUUGGGCGGCUGCGGGGCCACCCUGUGCAUCAUUGUGUCCUACGUGCUGUUCUUUGUGAGCGACACCAUAUCGCUGGUCUACUACUUGAUCUUCUUCGGCGUGGUCUGCGUGCAGCUCUUUCCCAGCUGCUACUUCGCCAGCGAGGUGGCCGAGGAGGUGGAGCGCCUUUCGUACGCGAUCUUCUCCAGCCGGUGGUACGAUCAGUCGCGGGAUCAUCGAUACGACCUAAUCGUCUUCACCCAACUGACGUUGGGGGGCAGGAGGCGGGUUAUCAAGGCGGGCGGCAUCAUCGAGCUUAAUCUAAAUGCCUUUUUCGCCACUCUGAAAAUGGCCUACUCCCUCUUUGCCGUUGUGGUGCAAAUGAAGGGUAUAUAG